AUGGGUGGAGGUAGACAUAAGUGUGGGUUCAUGGAGCAUGUGGAUGCGUCAAAUGUUUUCAUUUGGUUUCCUGUGGGGAUUUGUCUGGACAAAUUGUUGUUCGAUGAGGAAACAUCCCAUCUUCAAUGGGAAACAUGGAAAAGGCUGUUUGUCCUUGAUCUCUCGGGAAAUGUCCUCUCCGGAAAUAUACCUCCAAGCUUAGGAAAUUGUUCAAGCAUGCAAUUCUUAAAUUUGAAUGAUAAUGAUUUAUUUGGAAGCUUACCAUGUUCAUUGGUGGCUCUUGAAAAUCUCAAUUCGGUAGAGUUGUCAAAUAACUGGUUCUCUGGAGAAUUUCCUCAGGCCUUGAAAAACUGGUCUUCAUUGUCAACUCUUGAUCUUAGUGGAAAUGAGUUCGCAGGAAACAUUCCUUCAUAG